UGCAAUUUUUUUUUUUAAAUUCUCAAAAUUAGGAAGAGGACGGGAAAAGACUCACACACUUGGAAGCGCACGAAAAACCUAAACGAAUCCAACUAAAACUCUCUUCAUUUGCGCUUUCAUUCACUCAAUUUUGCAACAUAAACACACCAACGCAACUUCAUUUUUUACGUUUUCACGUGUGGUUUCUCAAAAAAAAAUCACACGUGUUUGAAACUGUAACAGUUUGCGCCAAACCCUUACCCUCUGCUCGAGAAAAACCGCGUUUCUUCUUCUUCUGUCUCUCUCAACCCUAGAAAUGGCAGAUUCGGAAUCGAACCAUAUCGACGAGCAUUCAGCCGCCUCAACAACCAUAACAUUCGACCGACCGGUCCCGUUGCUCCGAGGACCAGUUCGGGCUGGCCCACCCGAUGACCCAUCCUCCGGUCCGUACGUCCUGGCGUUUCGAGACCCCAGGACAUGGGCAAACGCGUACAGAGCCUGCGAGUCCAAGAUCAUCGAGCAGUGUGAGGCCGGCGCCAGGAUCGGGUGUGCCAUCAGCGCAUCGGACAAGUGUAAGCCCCCGUGGUGGCGAGCUCUGAUUGGUCCGAAAGCACCGGACUUGAAGCAGAGGGAGCAGUGCGAAGAGAGAGAAAUGGAGGGGUGUUUCGCUGCGGCGAAAGAUAAGUGCGUUGGGUUCGCGAAGGAGAAGUGCUUAAAGCCCUUCAGAGACGCGAGAAUUGCUGGUCUUCAUGUAAAGCAGGCUGAGAGGUUGGUUUGCUGGGCAACUGUGAUGGAUCGGAGCACGUGGCUCAGUUUGAUUGGAUUGGACAAAUUGGGUUAUUUGGGUUCGGGUAAUUAUGGAUUUGGAGCAACAAAUUAUAGGGCUAGUGAGUUGUUUGGUUCUGAUUGUGACUUUGAUCUUGUUUUGGGUAGUAGCAACGGGAUAUUGAAGGUGUGAAUUUGGAGAAUGGUGUUUAAAGUUGCUACAUUUGUGAAGAAGUUGCUGAUGAAGUGAGCAUUUGCAAAGUAUUGGAUGAGCAUCGUAUGCUUUUGCUAUUGGAUAGGAAUUUUGCACAGAUUGGGUUCUAUUUAGGAAUCUCUGAGACUCAAGCAUGUAGAGCUGAACAAGAUUAAUGGGUGGCUUUCUUGGAUCUAAUAUAUCUUGUCCUUCUCUUUUGAUGACUUCCUUUAUAGUUUUCCGGAUACUUUGAAAUUGAGUUAAUGGAGUUUGAAUCCUCAAUGUUGUUGUUGCUGUAUUUUGUUUGGUGCUCGUUGGGCUGAAAGAGCCCAUUUAGUCCCUCAUUUUCAGUGCUAACGUUGACCUAGGUUGAACAUCCACACAAAACAAAAUCUUUAGGCCCAAAACAUCCAAAAGUUUAUGGUAUCUUGUACUUCACGUGCAUCUACAUGUUCUUAGGGGAAAUAUGAUUUUGGGCUAUCCUGGUGUGAGGUCAUUCCUCUAUAGACUUUCUGUUUGUGCAUGCUUUAUCUUGAACAUAUUACAUAUGCAGAUAGCUAUCUGGAAAGGAUUCAUUUAUUUUUUAUAGGUUAUCUGGGUAGACUUUUUUUUGUUUACGUAUGAUUUUGUACGCAAAUAGUUUCUUGAAAGCAUCAUUUUCAUUUAUAAAACAAAUGAAAUACAUAGACUUUCUGCAUAUCUAUGCUUCUACCUUUAAUAUAUGCAAACAGUUAUCUUGAGAGGAUUAUUUUCUUUGUUUUAAAAUAUAAAUUAGCUAUGUAUUACUUUUUUAAACUGAUUUGGUUUUGUGAUCUUGAAUAGUUCUUUCCUUACUUUUAGGCUCCACCACUAGGUUUGUAGAUUCACAUGAAAAUUGGAAAUUCUUACAAGCUAUUCAACUAGGAAAUUUCUGCUUCAUUUAGCUGCUGACACAAUACCAAGCUGGAUUGCAUUAUGGUCUGCUGACCUGAAACAACGAAAAAAAGGCAAUAGAGUCUUCACACAAUUUCAUAUACAGAAACAAUGUUAUAUCUGUUCAAUACUGUUGGAUAUCUUAUCUUGUGGUUCACAUUUAUAGUAAAGGGAGCGCUAUUCGCCGCCAUUGGCCCCCACACAACGAAUAACGCUGGAGUUUUGAGGGUGACCGAAAGUGCGAAUGGUGCUCCCCUUACAAUACAUAUAUGAUUAUAUACACCGACCGACCGUUGUUUGUGGAAUAUUAUACGUAUAAAACUCUAACUUUGGCCUUAUAGGUCACAUUUUAAACCGAUGAAAUGCUGAUUGAUGAUCAGUCUACCUACCAUCAAACAUCAUGGGCAUGGCUGCCACUGUCAUCGUUCUAAACAAAGCAAACACGGGUCAGCCGCGUAAGAAAAAAUGCAUAAAAUAUCAAGCAUUAACCGGAAGUUGCUGGGAAGUUGCAAAGACGGCCACAUGGGAGGAGUUUCUCUUUGUUUAAAGUGUACAACUUGGUUUUUGGGUCAAUGUCGUGAUUUAUGAGGUAGACCAUUUUGUCUGACUGGUUCGUUUUGUGUCCUAUCACUUUGACGAGGAAAUCACCAGGAAAUUUCGUUUCUUGCUAGUUGUCAAUUGUAUUUUUGUAAAGUCUGUACUUUUUCUGCAAAAAGAAAAGGACGCAAGAUAGGGAUCCAAUGUGAAAAGAAAGUGCAGUUUGCAUUUGUUGCA